GAAACAUCCAACCUCUUCGUUUACAAACCUGGCUUACACAAAGGGAUUCCUGCGGCUAGAGAGCGAAGCUUCAGUGGAGAUAUCAACUGGAUUACUGUUCAGACGGCGCGAGCCAUAAAAAUCAAAUAUGGCAAGGAUAUCAUGACUGCUCUGGACAAGAAAUUCAGUGGUGAUCUGGAAAAGACUGUUUUCGCUCUCAUGGAGACACCACUUGAAUACGAUCUCAAGCAGCUCAAACAGGCCAUGAAGGGCCUUGGCACUGAUGAGGCGGUGUUGAUCGAAAUUCUCUGCUCUCGAACAACUGAGCAGAUUAGUGCUAUUCGUGUGGCGUACGAGAGGGAAUUCAAGAAGCCGUUGGAGCAGGAGGUUGCAUCCGAGACAUCUGGAGAGUUCAAGGAUCUGCUGUGCGCUAUCAUCACUGGAAGCCGAGACCCCGGCCACGAUACCAACGACCAAAUGGCUAAGGAUGACGCUAUUCGUCUUUAUGCAGAUGGCAAAGGAAAGCUCAGUGGCAAAGAUGCCCCGUCCCACUUUUUCACCAUUCUAGCCUCGCAGAACCAGUAUCAGUUGAGAAAAAUCUUCGCUGCUUUUGCUGAUUUGUCUGGAUCAUCGAUUGAGAAGAUGAUUGAGAAGGAGUUCAGCGGCGACCUACAGAAAAGCUACUUAACCAUUGUACGAGCUGCUACUGAUAAGCAGAAGUUCUUCGCCACUCAGCUGUACCACUCAAUGAAGGGUCUGGGAACUCGUGACAACGAUCUGAUCCGUGUGCUCGUCUCUCGUUCGGAAGUUGAUUUGCAACUGAUCAAGGAGGAGUUCCAUGCUCUUUACAACAAAUCUCUUGAAGAUAUGAUCAAGGGUGACACCUCCGGGGCAUACCGCGAUGCUCUGCUGGCUAUCGUCAUCGGAAACCGCACGUGA